AUGUCCUGCCAAGGAGACAUUGCUUUCGAGUGUCCUACUAUGGAGUUUACUGAGGAAUCAAAGCCGAACGUACAGGUUUCUGCUACCACUUCAGGGGUUUCAAACAGUCUUUCAGAGCCUUUCAAGUCAUCACCAAGCUCACCAUCUUCUGUGAAUUCUUCACAACCAUCACCAAGAAUUGCUGGUCAUGAUCAUGUGAUAAAUCCAGACAAUGAUGAUGGUGAUGGUGACAGCUAUUUCAAUAAUUUUCCAGCCGGUUAUAGGUUUUGCCCUCAUAACCAUGAGCUGGUUUUGCAUUACUUGAAGAAUAAGGUCAGUGGGCUGCCAUUGCCUAGGAACAGGAUUGCUGAUGUUUCACUUUAUCAACAUAAUCCCGAGGAGCUUGCAGAGCAAUUUAAGCACUAUGGAGAAAGGGAAUGGUAUUUUUUUACACCAAGGGACAGGAAGUACAGAAAUGGAACUAGGCCGAAUCGAGCAGCAGGCGGCGGAUACUGGAAAGCCACUGGAGCUGAUAAGAAAAUCGUACACGAUAAGGCUAUUGUUGGAUAUAGGAAGUCACUGGUUUAUUAUAAUGGAAAGGCCCCUAAGGGUGAUAAAACCAACUGGAUGAUGCAUGAAUUUAGAAUGGAAGCUGCAGCUCCUCCAAUCAGAAAUAACAUAAAUGACAUGAGGCUUGAUGAAUGGGUUUUGUGUAGGAUUUACAAGAAAAUUCAGAAGCCUGUCAAAUAUCGAGAGCAAUUUUCUUCACAGAAACACCAGCUCCUUAUUGGUCCAAAUGAUCUGGCUGCUAUGGAUGGUGACCGCAACAGUUGUAAUGAUUCAUGGGAAAAUCCAUGGCAGCAACAGGCUACUCCUCCUUUAGCUGGAUUUGAUGACUUAUUUUUCUUCUGCAACAGUUAUUCUGCAGCCCAGGUCCCUUUUUUACCAGAGACUUAUGAAGAUCCUGUCCCCAUGCUUCUGAGUUCCGACUUUUCAAAAGGGUUACCAGAAGAAAUAUGGAAUCCUCCCAUCCUUCAAUUUGAUCUAGCUGAAACAUUUAAUUUGUAUGGUAGCACGGAAGAUAAUCCUGAGAUCAUCACUAACCUCCCAGCUGAGAAUCUCCGAAUCAAUCCUUCUCCUGCAAGCACCGGUCGAUCUGUCAACAUCAGUAACGACUGUUGA